AUGUGUGACUCAAAAUCAGAUAUAAAUUUUAUCUUAAAUAAUAGAAUAAAUACAAUCGAAUAUAUAUUGGAAAAUAAAAACUCAAUAAUAAAAGAUAUUAAAAUAAAAAAAACUCAAAUACCCACCCAUCCUCCAUAUGAAUAUCAUAACGAAGAAAGAAUAUAUCAAUAUUACGAAUGCAAAGAUAUAGAUUUUAUAGAGAACUGCCAAUUCCUAGAGUUUAUAAUGAGAAACAAUUGUAUGAACUCUGAUAUUUUAAAAUGGGUAGUAAAAAUGUUCAAACAUUUCAACUUUGACCGUACUCAUGUUGCAUUCAGACUGUUGGCAAUAGAUUACUUUAUCAAAUAUUUUCAUUAUCGUCCUUUGCAAAGUCACAACGAAAAAGAUGUAAUCGAAAUGAUGGUGAAUAUUUUUUUGGAUUAUUCAAAUAGAGUUUUAUGUAGAUGUUACGAUAUUCAAAUGUUAUUAAAUCAAGAGAUGUUUGUAAAGGUUUUGUUUAAUUUUUUAGAUGGUAGAAGGUUUGAAAAGUGGUUUAUGGACCAUUAUAAAACAGAUAGAGAUUUGUUAGAGUGGAAGUUUUCGAUUAUAAAUGAUUUUGCAAAAGAUUACUGUGGUUUAGAAAUAACUAUGCAAGAUUGUAUAGAGUAUAUCAAUGGUAGAUCUAAAUAUUAUACAAAUAGACUAACUAUAAAUUAA